AUCAGGAAGAAUCCUGUGUAACUCUACCGCCUAAUCUGGAAGAAAGAUGCUUUGCACAUCCACAUCCUCCUUUCUCAGGCCUGAAAGGGGAGGUAUCAGUGAGGUAGCUACAAUGACAGAGCCAACAGCCACUGAAAAUAAGAAAACUGCUGGUUUGAGUGGGCGAAGAGCUGUUCCACCCAAUGUCUCCAAUGCAGAAGAAGAUGAAGUACCUGAAGUAGAGACAAUUGGUUUGGUGCCAAGAGGAUUUAAGAGAGAAGAUGUUCUGGAAGUCCAAGAAGUCCAUUUAUUCAGCCGUGAAUAUGAAAUUAAUAAGAAAGAGCACCACACAGACAAAUACUACAAUCUCAAACUGACUGUGCGCCGAGGACAGAUUUUCCAUAUUCAGAUUACAUUCAAUCAUGCAUACGAUCCACAGAAGGACCAAUUCUGGAUUGAAUAUCUUAUAGGGCGAUAUCCACAACAAAACAAAGGCACCUACAUCCGUGUUCCUUUGGUUCAAGAGCUGGAAAGUGGGAAAUGGGGUGCUAAGAUCACCCACAGGGCCAACACUACUGUGGCCCUGAAUAUUAUGCCAGCUGCAAACUGCAUUGUGGGAAAAUUCCGCAUGUAUGUUGCAAUCUUGACUCCAGCUGGCAUUCUCAGAACAAGAAGAAACCCAGACACUGAUACUUACAUAUUGUUCAAUCCCUGGUGUACAGAGGAUGCAGUGUUUCUGGAGGAAGAAAAAGCAAGAGAAGAGUAUGUCCUGAAUGACCUUGGGGUUAUUUUCUAUGGGGACCCUGAAAAUAUAAGAUCAAGAAGCUGGAAUUAUGGUCAGUUUGAAGAGGGUGUUUUGGAUGCUUGCCUAUACUUGAUGGACAGAGCACAACUGGACCUUGCUGGUCGAGGGAAUCCUGUCAAAAUCAGCCGUGUUGGCUCUGCUAUGAUCAAUUCUAGCGACGAUGAGGGUGUAAUUUAUGGGUGUUGGGACAACGUUUAUGAUUAUGGAGUGCCACCAUCAUCUUGGACUGGAAGUGUAGACAUUCUGUUGGAGUAUUACAGUACUAAACAGCCAGUGCGAUAUGGACAGUGCUGGGUCUUUGCUGGAGUUUUCAAUACUUUUUUGAGGUGCCUAGGAAUUCCUGGACGAAUCAUCACUAACUUUUCUUCAGCUCAUGAUAAUGAUGCCAACUUACAGAUGGAUGUGUUUGUGGAUGAAGAGGGAAAAGUGGACCCCAAACUCACAAGAGAUUCAAUCUGGAACUAUCACUGCUGGAAUGAAGCUUGGAUGUCCCGACCUGACCUUCCUGUUGGAUUCGGUGGCUGGCAAGCUGUAGAUAGUACUCCUCAAGAAAAUAGUGAUGGCAUGUAUCGGUGUGGUCCAGCUUCCAUUCAAGCCAUCAAGCAUGGACAUGUCUGUUUCCCGUUUGAUGCACCUUUUGUUUUUGCAGAGGUGAACAGUGAUGUUAUAUAUUCAAAAGCAAUGAAGAAUGGGACUAAAGUGGUUCAACAUGUUGACAAAACCCAGAUUGGAAAAUUAAUUUUGACUAAAGAAGUGGGUACAAAUAAAAUGAAGGACAUCACUGAGCAAUACAAAUUCCGAGAAGGCACUGAAGAAGAAAGACUGGCCCUGGAGACUGCCUUGAUGUACGGUGUUAAAAAAUCUGUAACUGAGGAUAUCUCAUCCAGUGUAGAGGUUGACAUGGAUGUUGUGGUGGAAGACACAACUCUUGGCAGUGAUUUCACUGUCACUAUUACUUUCCGAAACAAAACCCCAAGACGCUACACUGCAACAGCUUAUAUUUCUGGCAACGUUGUGUUUUAUACUGGAGUCCUGAAAACUGAAUUCAAGGAUGACAGCUUUGAUGUGACCCUGGAACCCAUGAAAGUUGAAACUCUUGAGGUGCUAAUCAAGUCGAGCGAGUACAUGAGCAAGUUGCUGGAACAAGCUUCUCUACAUUUCUUCGUCACGGCCCGUGUCAAUGAAGUACAAAAGAUCCUGGCCCGGCAGAAGACUGUUUCACUGAAAAUCCCACAAUUGCUCCUCAAGGUUCCUGGGGAGAAAGUUGUUGGUAAGGACAUGACAGUAAUAGUUGAAUUUCCCAACCCACUGAAACAAAGCCUCACCAAUGUCUGGGUCCGACUUGAUGGCCCUGGUGUGCUAAAACCAGCCUCAAAAUUAUUCAGAGAGAUUCCAAGGAAUUCAACCUUGAUCUGGGAAGAAAAAUAUGUUCCAAAGCAGCCUGGCCUCCGAAAGUUGAUUUCAAGCUUGAAUUGUGAUGCCUUACGACAUGUCUAUGGCGAGCUGGACAUCAAUAUUCAGAGUGCUGUGUAAAGAUUUUCUCCUUUCUUUCCUUUGUUGUUCAGUAAUUCCACAUUUCAUUAUAGGAAAGCAUAAGGUAGAACUGUACUUUCAAAUGCCAUAAUCCAGAAGUUGCCAAAUAUACAUUCUGUGCAUAUGCUUACUAUUUUUUCAGUUUAAUUUUCAGAAGUUUUUCCCCCAAAAUUAUGAAAGAUCAGGUUCAUAUAAACACAUACAUACACAAGUACGCACACAUUCAUUUGUAUCAUGCCUUUCCUCAAAGUUGAUUAGAUAAUACACAUAAUCCCCACUUUUAUCACAAAUGAUACUGUAAAAUCUGUUAAACUAAGGGAUUGCGAUUGAGUACUAAGCCUCGCACUCAUGAGAUUGGGAUUGGGAUUGAGAAUGAGAUUGAUGGCCUAGCAACAAUUUAGACCCAGGUCUCCUACUUCCUGAUCCAACACUCUUUAUACCACCAAACCAUAAUUACAUGGCAUUACAGGUUUACUUACACUGAUUUUCUUUGCUCAACAACUUCUUUGUUGAGGUCUAGCACUGGACUCAUUCUUCUUUGCUCCAAAACUAACAUAGGCAACACUUGAAGUAAUUCAGUUUUUAUUGGUGCAGUGUUGCCUAUGUUAGUUAGUUAGCAGAAAGUUACUCAAGAUGAGUUAGUCCAAGUAAUAGUGUUCCCAUCUGAUAGUAAGAAUUUAUGAAAUAUUUUAAAAUCAGGACAAUUUUAAAAUAUUUCAACCUCUGGAGAAUUCUGAAUUUUAGUUAUAAUUAAAACUUGAUAUUCCAUGGUUUUUUAAAGAGAAAGAAACAGUCCCAUAAAAUGUUCUCUUUGUUGUCUUUUUUUUCCCAACAAGCUCCCAUGUGUGCAAGUGAAAGUUUGAUUCCAGAAACAUAUUUUGAAUUCUUACCUUCCCCGCCCCAUAAUAACUAGAUUCUUACCAGCAUUUUGAGCAUUGAGGACUGAUCUGUAGAAGCCAUCUUGAUUUUAAUGGGGAAGAGUUAGGGAAGUCAUGUGACUUGCUUCAGCACUUCUGUUAGCAGCUCAUAUAUCCAGAGGGAAACUCUAGGAUGUCACUGAGAGUAGAAGCACAGGACACAGAUGCAGCUGUGCCUGCAGUGGAUGAGAUCAAAAUCAGCAGGAUGGUGGAUGCAGUGCCAUGAUACAAGCCCUGGCCUUUUUGAAUGUGCAUGCAGCCUCAAAUGAAGAACUGAUUUUAAGCCUCUUAACAGUGGAUAUAGCUGCUUAGAUGCAUCCCUUUAAUUGGCUUGCCAGCAAUUUCAAUUGCAAAUAUUAUUACGGCUGGUCUCUAAGUCAAAUGAUCUACUGGCAAUCCUUAGGGGAGAAGGUGAAUUUGAUCUAAUUUGGUCCAACGUUUGUUGCAAUACUUUAAGGGUUUAAAUGACACUGCUGCUCGGUUGCUUCCACUUGGUUCCUCCUACCAAUGGGGGUGCAGUUAAACAAAUCAUGAAGGGUCCUGCCAUUGUUUGUCCAUCAGGGUAGCCAAAGCAUUCUGACUUAGGUGAUAUCUAAUUGUGGCUCACUAUUAUUAGCCAUAAACGUGUACAAAUUAUGGGUUGAGCUUGCUAGAACAUCAAUCAGCCAUAACUACUGAAUGCUAGCAGAGGCAUUUAGGAUGACAUAUAAGAGGAUUAAAAUACUCCCACCCUUAAAGUCUACCAUAACUGUCCUCUCAUGGCUCACUGCAUACUUCAUGGCUGUCUUUUGGUAGACAGAUUGCAAGGGGUUAAAUCAAACACUGGAAUAGUUGUGGAGGGAUGCCAUCUAUGCACUGAAACCCUUUUCUUCUGAUCCACAAGCUGCAUUCCUUUGUAGGCAAGAUAAGCAUGGCCAUGCUGUAUUGUUAGGCAAACAGAGAAAGCUGCCCUAGAUUUCUUAUGUCACAGACAUUUACUUUCUUGAAACUUACAAGGUGGCAAUACCUAGCCGAUUUUGACUGAUCUCAAUGAGCUAAGCAGAGUCAUGGUUAUUAUUUGGAUGAGAAGCCACCAGAACAUCUCAGAAGAUGACAAUAGAAAAUCCAAUUCUGUACUGUUACCAAUUCUGUAAGACAAGAGCCUUGUAAGUCUAUAUAGCCAAAAAUCAGGAGGAGUCCAAUAGCACCAUUUCAGAUUAACACAUUUUAUUGAAAAGCAAAUGAGGUAUAGCUCAUAAAAGCUUUUGCCUUUUAAUAACAUUUGUCUGAAAUGGUGCUACCAGACCUUGGCUGUUGCCAAGAAAACUAUAUGGCCAGACUCAUGAAGUUAUUAGCAGUUGAACUUGGCAGGGGAGACUUUACCUUUUCACAAUUAUUAUAGAAAUCAUUUAUUUUGACUUGGAGCUCACCCAUUGUUCCAGAAGAAAAGUUGCUUGUGGAAUGUCUCAAAAUAAUUUAGUUGGUCAUAGAUAACAGCAUACCUUAGAUGGAAUUUGUGGGGAACAACUUGUGAGUUAAGGCCCUAGUUACCCAACUUCAAGUGGUUGUUGAUAGUAAGUCUCUUAAACAGCAUUUCGAUGUGCCAUGAAUUUAUUCCUUAGAGAAAUUAUCUAAUUAAGUGUGCAUUGUUAAUGAAGUCACUCUGCAUGUAAGAUCUGAUUAUGCUGUUUUACACCAAAUUCUUCUACUGUUAAUCUGCUUUUCACUUUUGUGUCUUAAAGGCUCAGAUUUCUCUACUUUAUUACCCCAAACUAAUGCAAUAAAAGAACUACCUUACCU